GACUGUCACUGAAUGACUGUCUCUGACUGCCCGUCUCUGGCUGUUGUGUCCUACAGCUGUCCUGAACUGUUAUUAUUAUCCCUGACUGCUGGAGCCUUUAGAGCCUGCUGGUGGGUCAGGUGUUUUCUCCGCCGAUCAAACAUUGAGCUUGAAUCUUUGUGGUGGUCUGGACUUUGAGCACUGACAGUACAGAGACGGUGGGUGGGCGGUUUUCUCCUAUAGCAUCAGAAUGUGGGGCAUUUGCAGCAGAACUAUGGUAAGUAAGACACCUUUAGCUCACUGUGCUCGUAUUAAACAACUGGCUCAUAUCCAACUGCAGCUUUAAACACAGAAAUUAAUCCUCUUGAUGUUUUAUAUCAGGUGGUGUUUGCUGUUUAGUUGUCUCCUUUUUAGCUGCACGUUGAGGAUUGUGAGCGGCUAGCAGAAUUAGCUGACUUGGCUCGUAAUGAACUGUAGUAGUGGCUAGCUGUCGUUAGCAGGCUGAUAAAACUGGGUGAAAGGUGAUUUGCUUUUUAAAUAUAGCCGAAAUACACUGAAGGAAGCUUGGCUGUGUUAAACUGGGCUUGACAGAGUUCAUUGUACUCGUUUGUAACCGUUAGUAUUGCCGGUUUGUAUACUAGUUUUUAUCUGAUAGGAAGAGCAUAUGGUAAAAGGUGAACUAAGAUACUGUUUUUAAACUAUCUUUAGUGAAAAAGUUAUCAUUAACGACACAUUACAGACACUAAACCAAACGCUCUCACAAGGUUAGAGUGGUUACACUUUGUUUUCUGUCUUUAUUUCGUCAACUUUGGUCAAAAUUUAUGAUAAAAUACAGAGGGGCAUGAAAGAUUACAUUUCUGGAAAAUUUCUUGACUAUGUUCUCGCUUGUCUAUUCACCUGAAUUCUUGAUUUUUGUCACUGUACUCAAAGAUCUCAAUGUCUUCUUAAAGGCUUCAGCAAGUUUUAAUAAAACGUAACAGUUAAAAGAGACCGGUUUAAAAUCCCUUUUACAUUUCCUACCUGGAUAACUGACCCUUCAUAAUUCAUGAGAAUAUCAACAUUUUAAUCGGAGAGACAGUAAUGACAUCUUUACAAGACAUCAUCGAAAAAGAGAACUUUGAAAAUGGCUUUUGACAGUUUCCUAAGUUUGUUCUUGACCAUUUCUGUUUACUUUGUGCUUUUGUUUACAUAUAUUUCACGCACUAGUUAAGUUAAAUGUGAGAACUGACUGCCCUCUACCGGCCACACUUGUCACCACACUCCCAAAAAUGUGAACAAAAUCUAAACUUUUUGAGAUUGUGAAACUAUUUGUCAUAGUUUUAAGAGACUUACACUAAGGCCAGUGCAUGAACUGCGCAGAAGAAAACUAUAAUUAUAUACAAAUACAGAUAUAAAAUAAAAUAAUUACAGUAAAGACCUUGCAAAGAUCUCACCUCAGUUUACGCAACAUAGUCUGUCAACAGAAGUCAAAAGUAAGUUUUAGAGUUAAGCCAAUGAUGUUAUAGUAUCUUAAUGUUUAUCGACAUAACUGUCCUAUUAAAGUGUCUUUUAAACAAGAAAAAAAUGAUUAAAAAACGGGAAACAUAAAAAAGUAAGAAGGAUGAUGAACAAUGAGAAGAGUUGAAAGGAUAGAAGAUAUUUUGAAUUUUCACAAUAUCACGUAAAAUGGUUUACGAUAAGUUUUAGGCAGUAAUAUCUCUGAAUAUUCAUCCUUGUGCUGCAUAAUAAAAGUUCCUUCUGAUCUGUUAGCAGAAAGUUACUGAGAGAUUGAAAAGUAGCUGAUGGUGUGCCAUAGAGUCCAUAGGUCAGGAGCAUGAGCUGUGGCUGAUGGUGUGCCCCUGGGUGUCACUUCUACUGCAUGUUGUGUUGUGUUUGGAAAUAACCAUAAUAUGUCAACUCUGUUUAUUCUGGGACACAUAGGCAGAUUAAGCCUCUCUGUAAAUAAUGAAUCCAAAUAAUAAUGCAUUUCCAAAACAGAUAAAUUAAAGUUGCAGCACAAAGUUAGCUAGAACAGCAAGCAUGUAAAUGAGUUCACACACACACACACACACACAUACAUUUGUCUUGUUUUUUUAUGCUAAAAUUAUUCCUGUAUUCAUGUCUGUCACAGCAGAGCCUAAAUAAACCACAACUCAUCCAGAAUGCUUCAGAUCGACUCAUCGAAGCAAAACAAAAAACAGCCUCAGUAAAUUUUAGAGUCGAUGUCAAGCUCUGAAUGAUAACCUUUAAAACACUAUCCAAGCUGGCCGCUGAGUACAUCACUGAUCUUCUCACACAUUACGAGUCUGUUAGUACCCUGAGGUCCUCAGCCAAGGGUCUGAGGACUAAGGGGAACCAGGCUUUUACUGUCAGGAACAGACUGUCCUAGGAGGUCAGACUGGCUAAUUCCUCAUCAUCUUUGUUUAAAAGCUCAAGUGUGCUUUAACUGGAUAUAAGUUUUAACUUUGAACUGACUUAUUGUAUUUUAUCAAUCUUUAAUUGGGUUAAGUUGCACCUUUCAUUAAAUUUUUACACAUUCCUAUUGAUUAACUGUUUUGGAGAGCCUUUUUUCACCGCAAUACUUUGACUGUCAAGGAACCCUAGUUGAAAAAGAUACAAUUAUAAAAAAAAAUUGCAGUGGAAAGCUUUACACUUGUGCUAAAAGAACAAACCAACACUAAAAGUUGCUUCUUCGAUGUCUGUCAGGUGAAGGUGGGGAUGGCGAAGCCCUGUGGCCUAAUGAAACCAUGCCACUUGGUGAAGCCUGUGUCAGUGACCCGGGUCUCCGGCAGGUACCUGACCCAUCAGAAGGGUCUGCCCACGUUGCCAGUUCCCCCUCUGCAGCAGACCUGCGAGCGCUACAUCUCCGCACUGGAGCCCAUCGUGGAGGUGGACGAGCUGAAACACACCAAAGAGCUGCUGGAGGAUUUUCAGAAAGCUGGAGGGAUCGGAGAGAGGCUGCAGAGAGGGCUGGAAAAGAGGGCGGGAAACACCGACAACUGGGUGAGACAGUUUGUGUGUUUUCAUGUGGGAACACCGAAGCUAUACAGAAGACAACAUAUUUGAAAUGAAUUUUUGUCCUAAAUAGACCUGUCAUUGUCUGUCUUUGUCUCCUUAGCUGUCUGAGUGGUGGGUGCAGGUGGCUUACCUGACGUACCGCCUCCCUGUUGUGGUUCAUUCAAGUCCUGGGUUGGUUCUUCCUCGCAUGAACUUCAGGGACAAGCAGGGACAGAUAAGGUGAACACACACACACACACACACACACACACACACACAUGUGCAAUGAGAAAGCUUCCCACAUAAAUUAUGUCAGCUUUAUGGGUUGGAUAAUAAAGAGAUCUUUGUAUGUGAUGGUUAUAAAGUUUAUGUGGAUCGCUGUGAUAAACUUUGGACAUGGAUUGAUCUUACCAUGUAUCACACAGUGGAAAAAAGACAGCACAGGAGGACUAACAGAACUUCACUAAACACAAAAGUGUCUUCCUGACAAUAGGGAUUCCUUGUUAGUGUUACUGCCUCCUGAAUAAACUUAUGCACACACAGUUUGUGUGAUAAACUGCAUUAACUGUGAUGCUCAGUUGUAUUGUGCAGCUCCACUCUGCUGUUAUCACUGUGUUCUUUAUGGAGACUGAAGAUAGUAAACAGCUGAAACUGCAUUUCUUUGAUGUGACCAACAUGAAAAAAUGAUCAUAAAAGUUAAUAAUUGAUCAAAUGAAAUAUCUUCUUUGUCUGUCUUUAGGUUUGCCGCCAAACUGAUAUCGGGUGUUUUGGACUUUAAGACAAUGAUUGACAAGUGAGUACAAAGUUUAAGACGCUCUUUUGAUCGGCCUCAUCGAACUCUUUCUUGUGUUUGGGUGUUUUGUUGACAUUUUAUUUCAAUUUGCUGUUCAUUUACAUUUCUGGCCUCAAAGAAAUCAUCCCACAUUUAUGGCAGGUCAUACUGUGUCAGAUCUGCAUAUCGCACUUAUGUAACAAAUACACAAACAUCUUCUCCCAAACAAGAACUGCCAUCAGCUGAUUGUUUGUUGUCUAGUUUAUGUAGAUAGAAAUCAGUAUAAUAGAAGAACCAUCGAUCUCUGUUAUAAUGCCACUGCAUGAAAGUUUUUCCUUUUUUUGUUUUGCAAAAACUUGUGCACAUCAAACUCUGACCAAAGCUUUAAUCCUGCAGUAUCCACUGACUCCUGCAGACAAAGAGUGAAUUUUACAAUCUUGUCAAUUAUAUCACCACUGAGUUAAUAUGACAGCACGUUUUUAUGUUUUGCAGUGAAACACUACCGAUUGAGUAUCUCGGCGGGAAGCCUCUGUGUAUGAAUCAGUACUAUGAGGUGCUGUCAUCCUGCCGUAUCCCCGGCCUGAAGAAGGACUCUGUGGUGAACCACGCCAAGAGCUCCAGACCUCCGAAACACAUCACUGUGGUGCACAACUUUCAGGUGAGGAGAAUCGCUCAGACUCUCACAUCUUUGUCUGCAGUAGAUUUCUUUUAGGCCCCUCUGGUGAACUAAUUUCAGAAGCAUGACUGAGUCUCUCUUUGUUUCCUCAUCUGGGAUCAGUUCUUCGUUCUGGACGUGUACAACAGUGAUGGCACUCCUCUGACGUCAGAUCAGCUCUCUGUUCAACUGGAGAGGAUCUGCAACUCCUCACUGCAGGCCAACGAAGAGCCCAUCGGCAUCCUCACUACACAGCAUCGAGACUUAUGGGGCAAAGCUUACCUCAACCUCAUCAAAGGUGAGCUGAAAGGGUCUCCUCAGAUAGAUGAAAUGUAAUGUGUAAGGGCCUGCACAAGAGUGUCAGAAUGACUCCAGUUGAUUGCUUCAACCAGCAACUGCAAAACAGGCUUUAAUGGCUGAAUCACCUGAUCCAAGUAUGUGGACCAAAAGUUCUUGUGGUUUUUUUAGAAAGGGAUGUGGACACUUUUUCUGAUUAGGAACAAUGAAAAAACAGCCAGACUCAUGACCAAAAACUGCUUUGCUUUGCAGAACAAAGGAGGUACUGGUUCACUGCAGCCUCAGUCUUUUGGUUUAUUUGUGAUUUUGUGUGAUUGUCAUGUUUCACAGGGUUCGUUUGCAAUGCCGUCAUUAUGUGUCACACAGUAACACAAACAAAUACCCUGGUAAAGGCAGUUAGUAAAUUAUCAUCCCCCUGUUUAUACUUGGUGAAGUCACUGUUUAUGUCAAAUCAUGUCUUUGAUGAAGGCAAAGUAACAGCAAAGAAGCAUUUUAAACUCCAACAAAGAGGUCUGCCUCUACAGGGAUCCUCUAGAAUAUUGAAACAAAUAUUGGGUUUGUGUUGAUUUUAGAGCACAUUGUGGACAAAGCAUCCUGUUCAUCUGAAAGUACUCUUUGACAAAAAAAAAAAGCUCACCCUGCUUUCUUUGGACAUUCAAAUACUCAUCCACUAUGACUCAAUGUUGUGGGAAAUGCUAAAUAGAUAAUAAAAUAAUAUCAGUGAGACUUGUUAGUAAUCAAUGUGUUGCUCUUAAGAGGUCAGUGCGUCCAGGUGAACAAAAUGCACCCCUUUUUACCUCCGUUAAAGUAAUUAGUAAACGUAAUUUACACAGAGCUCACUUGGUGUGUCUGUGUGUCUUGGAUGUGUCCAGAUAAGACCAACCAAAAGUCAGUGUCCACCAUCCAGAGGAGCAUCUUCACGCUGUGUUUGGACGGAGCGAUGCCCGCAGUGUCGGAGGAGACACGCAGAAGCUCUGCAGCCGUUCAGAUGCUGCACGGAGGAGGAAGCCAGUGGAACAGCGGCAACCGCUGGUUCGACAAGACGCUGCAGGUAACACACAUUAACAAACAAAAAAACACACAUGGCUGAGUUAAACUUUAGAAAGAUUUAGGAUAAUUUUUUCAGCUGUUGUGGGAACAAGUCUUAAGAUAAACAUGGAGUUAGAUCUGUUAAUGUACCUCAUCAGUAUGAUUAUAUUAGUUUGUUAAUAAAAACUUGAUGCAUAACUUUGACCUCCUUGAAAGACGUAAAGCUGAGGGGAAACGCUUUACGAUCAAAUGAUCAAAAUGUAAGUGCAUUAUGAUAAGCACUGGCACUUUUUAUAAGUGUUUGUUUUUCUCUUCAGUUCAUUGUUGGAGAGGACGGGACGUGUGGCGCAAACUAUGAGCACGCUCCAGCUGAGGGCCCGCCUAUAGUGGCCUUGAUCGACCAUGUUGUUGAAUACACGUAAGUAGGUCAGAGAGGAGUUUUUCUAGUUUGAUUUUUCCUCUGUGUAACAUCUUUGAAAGAGAACAAGAGAAAGGCUAAAAGAAAUCAUCCAAAUCAGCGAACAGCGUGUAUUUCUUUGGUUUUCACUUCAUUUAUCUUUGAUUUUCUCUCCUUUUUCCUCUUUUCCUGACUCCUUUGUGGUCACAGGGGGAAGCCAGAGAUGACUCGGUCUCCCAUGGUGCCUCUGCCCAUGCCCCGGAAACUUCACUUCAACAUCACGCCAGAGAUUAAGAAGGACAUUGAAGAAGCCAAACAGGACAUGAACACGUGAGAGUGAAGUUUAAAUCUAUCAGUGUAAUUAUAUUUCUGCACAGUGUAACUAAACAGGCCCUGUCUUCCCUCACAGCAUUGCAGACGACUUGGAUAUGAGGGUCACAGUGUUUGGACACUUUGGAAAAAAUGUCCCAAAGUCCCACAAGAUGAGUCCUGAUGCCUUCAUACAGGUCGCUCUACAGCUGGGGUACUACAGGUGAGAUGCUGAAAACUAUCUUGGGGGCGGGGCUGUCUGUGUAGGCUCCUUACAGUCCAAACUAAAGGUGACUUCACAGUUGGGUAACAGUAACUUAACAGACCUAAAUCAAGAGCAGAAGGGGAAAUUUAACAGUAGAGAUCCAGAAACAACCGCACAAGCGCACACAGAGCAAUAUUUAAGAUAUAUUGUUAUGUUGUUAUUGGGGAAUGUGUACAUUUGUUUAAUUAAGAUAACUAAAUUGACUGCUAAUAUACCUGGAGCUGAUGCCCAGUUCAAGUCUGUGUGAGAGAAACGCUAGAUGUUUAUUACCUUUAUUAUAUUACUAAAAGGCAGCAGGUUGGAAGAAGAAAGAUGAAAGAAUGUUUAGUCUGCAACAGGGUUUGAUUAACACUAGCGUGGACAAACUGCACUGACUCGGCAAACAGACUGGAGUUUGUUUUAACUUAACCCAAAAGGAGAGAUUUGAGAGCACCCUGAUUUAUUUUUCCUCUAAGUGGUGUCAUCUGUACGGGUCCUGAUGACUCCUGGUUUUCAAACACAGAGUUUGUUUCAUAUUUUUCAUAUGUCCUGUUUCCUCUUGUGUCUGCAGGAUGUACCAGCGCUGCUGUGCCACUUAUGAAAGUGCCUCCCUGCGUAUGUUCAGACUGGGUCGAACAGACACGAUCAGAUCAGCCUCGAACGCCGCAGCCGCCUUUGUCAAAAGCUUUGAUGACCCCAACAAACAGGUUUGACCUCAGGGAGCAUUUACAUGGAGUAGAUUUGUUUUUCUACUGCAUCAGUUUUGAUAUUUGGUACUUCAGUUCAUUUAGGUCAGUUGGUUUUGAAAUUUAUUUAUUUCUUUAAAAAAGGGCUUAAAGCUGUUAGAGAUGUGGGAUGAUAGAGCACAAGAAUGCUGAAACAGGCGUCAGAAAAAAGAUAAAAGCAGAUAACAAGCCGGGGUGACGAUAAGGAGACAUAAUUCUGGAUGACUCACAAAGUGUCAAGUGAAUAUUCCAACAGGAUUUGAAUACUGUGUGUCUUUGAGUAUAUGUGUAACUGUGUGUUUUCUUCCUGUUCGUCUCAGAACACAGAGAAAGUGGAUCUGAUGGUGAAAGCCGUGACUGCACACAGAUCAUACACCAACAUGGUGAGCACAAACAGCAUGAAGAUCGGUAGAGACUGAGGGACAAGUCUUAUGAAACUGUUUCUAAUUUUCAUUCAAAGCCAUGAGCACUCUGAGAUCAUUUUGACUCAAUCUCAGAUUCCUCUUGGAAUUGGAUUCAUUCUCUGCCAAAAAAUAUCACCUGUUAGAUGCACAAUUUGCUUGAAGAAAGAGUGAAUUUGUAAUGUAGUGCGUGCAACUAGACAAAUGUUAUAUCAUUGUAGGCUAUUUACCUAUUAGCAGCAUGUGCAACGUUUGGACCUGACUCAAAUAUUCAUUAUGAACCUUAUCCUCCCGCUUUCCUUCAUCUUCCUCAUUUUGAUGGGGAAGCCGAACAAGGCAGAGUGAUAUGACAAAGAUGUGGCUGCAACUACUCCUUCAAUAUAUCUGUCGGCUUAUGCUUUUUGAACCUCAACACAGUUUUAUUCAAAAGACUAAAAGUAAAUAGUGAUGCAGCGAAUCACAGUAAUCCCUUAUAUAUCAUAAUUGUGUUCAUAGGGCUGUGUCUAAUGGCAUUUACCUCGGCUGGGCUGCAGGCUUCAAUUCCAUUGGCAAAACAAUGAAAAUGUUGUAACUAACUGCACUUUGCUGCACUAAAAAGGGCAAUCAUCAUGAUGGGCUUCUUCAGAAAACAGUAGUGGCAGCAUUGUGGUAAUUAUGGCAAAACUCAUCAUCUUAAAUAGUUUGAUUGAUAUUGAUAUUCUGAUUAUAACAAAUUUAAUUCCAUAAUUCACAUCUGCAUCACAAACAUGUGUGUUACUUAAAGCCCCUUUGAAACUUAAAAACUCUUAAUUUUUUAAAAACAUAAUAAGAAGUAAAAUAAGCUGUUUGGCCUACCUCUCUGUUUACAUAACCACGUCUAUCUGAUUGGAUGAUUUAGCCUAAUUUCUUUCAAACGUCAUAUGUACUCUUACCUAAACAGACCAUGCGUUAAAUCCUCUCUUCACUGAAAGAACCUUGACUUAAUUUUGAUGACACUUACUAAAUUGAAAAUCAGAUUUCACUUGUAUUAAAGUAUUUUUACAGCGUGCCACAAUACUGAAGGAUUUGAGCUCUUUUACUGAAAAUCAUUUAGUCUAUAAAUGUCCUGAUUAACUUCGGCACUUGGCUUUUACCUGCUUGUACACCCAGCAGAUGUUUUCAAAUGGAGAAAUGAAACAGACAGCUUGCAUUUUACCGAAACAUAUUACCCCAUGCUGCUCUUUUCUGAGUGGCUUUGUCAGAGAAACGCUCAAACGAACAGGAAUCACACUGAGAGUGGGGACAAUCAUGCAGAGGAAAAAUCCUAAAACACAAGCAGAGCAGAGUGGGUACGAGGGCUUUCAGUUCACGGAAACAUGAGAACAAAAACACAUCAUGAUGGUAUGCAUGCGCUCACAGCUGGAGCACUGACGCACACGGCUGGAUGACUAGAAGAUGAAAUUUAGUCUUGAUUGGGGUCAGAUGAUCUUGUUUUUUUUAAGUUAAAGCUCAUGAGUAAGUAAAAUCAGAGCAAUACUGUGAAAUAACUUGAUCUUUGUUGAAUAAGGUCUUAGUGAAUGACAGUGGAAAGCUUUGUUAUUGGGAUGUAUGGAGGGUCAAUGUGAUGUGUUGGGUUAUUAAAUGUACGGAUAUAACCAGAACAGUAAGGUGUAGAAAAGUUUCAGAAGUCUCUUUUUCACUUUUUUGGUUAAUAUGUAAACUGAUUUGUGAAAUUUGUGCUCCACUGCAACCCUAAAAAAGGGACGAGUAAAAGGGAAAUAGUGAUAAUUACAUUAGAGAUAAAAACAAACUGUAUAGGAUAUUAAUACAUUGUCUACAUGUAUACAUACACUCACACAUAUACAUACAUUUAAAAUGAAACAGAAAAAACAUACCAACAAUAACUUAACAGUCAAAUAUAAGGUGUUUCUCAGACAAGUGUUUCGUGUUGUGUUACUUUCAGUAUGUUGUUAGUUCCCUUUCCAGUGGCAACCACAGACAGUGACGAAAAUUACAACUCAACUUUUUAAUGAUUAAUACAAUCGUCACUGUUAACAGCUGUCCCAAAAUUAAAGUUAAAGUGUGUAAGAUCUGAGAUAGAGACAAAGUGCAUAUGAAUACUGGAUAGUGUGAGACUGAUGUCAAACAUGAAUAAAUAAAAGAUUAUUUUCUCCCUCUGCAGGCGAUCAGUGGCCAGGCCAUCGACAGACACCUGCUGGGCCUGAAGCUUCAGUCUGUAGAGGAGAAACUCUCCAUGCCUGAGCUCUUCACAGACCCCGCCUACGCCAAAGCCUUACACUACCAGUUGUCCACAAGUCAGGUAGGAGGAGAGGGUCAGAGACAAAAAUAAGGGUUAUGAUUACAGGAAUUUUCCUUGCAGAUCGAAAUGAAUUAUUUCUUAUUUGAGAACCAAGUGUUAAAUCUAUGUCCCUCUUAAAGGUUCCAUCUAAGGCAGACUGCGUCAUGUGUUUCGGCCCUGUGGUACCAAACGGAUACGGCGUUUGCUACAACCCCAUGGAGGAUCACAUCAACUUCGCCAUGUCGUCUUUUAACGCCUGUAAGGAAACUAACGCCGCUCAGCUGUUUCAGGCUGUGGAGAACGCUCUGCUGGACAUGAGGACUCUACUGGAACAAACGCCGAGAGCCAAACUGUGAAACUCCUGCAAACGUCACCCAUGACUCUGAAGAGUCUGAACUGGCAGAAAUACCCAGGGUGCAUCUGUGAAAAAGUUUUUUAUUUUAUUUUUGGGAAUGAGUAAUGAACCACAGGCCUUUAAAUUAUAAAGCCAGUUUGGCUAUUUAUUACAGUUAAAAUAACAUUUAAGGAAUAUUUAAGAACUUUAAUUUAAAGUUUGAGAACCAAACUACAACUGCUGCACCACUAAGAUAUUUUACUUGAUUUUUAAAACACACCUCCAGGCCUUCUGGAUAGUGUUGGGAUAUUUUGUCAUGCCUUAUCUGGUCCUCAUUCCUUCCUGUGAGUCUUUGUCAUCGCUGAUCUUGCCUCUGGUUUUCCUGCUUUGACUUCUCGUAACAUAUUGACCCUGCAGACUGGUAACACCCCACAAGAGCUGCAGUACUCGAUCCACUCUGACCCAGUCAACCAACCUUCACAGUUUGGUCCUCAUCAAAUUCUCUUGUAUCCUCACACUCGGUCAUAGGUACUAUAUUGACAGCAUAAUGGUAUUUACUUUACUGUUAAUGGUCCAAAUGUCAUGGCAGAUCAGUGCAUAAGAGCCCAUAUAUAAACCACUUAGCCUGGUGUGCCUCAAGGCUUGUUCAUAAACCCAAGUGGUCAGAGUAAAAAAAACAAGAAAGUAAUGUAUGAAUCGAUAUUUGACCGCACUGUGGGCAUUUUUUGUUAGUUGAACUAAAACAUUUUAAAUAAUCUUUGAGGUGUUUGUUUAUAAGCAUUGGUUUAUUUUACAAAAGUUCAGCGCAGAGGAAGAAAAAUGCCUCUGCACCCCCAUAUACUCGCACCCUGGGAACCCUGCUGUUAAUGUGAGAUUUUGAAAAACUGGACUUUGUACCUCAACUUGUCUACAAGCUCCAUUUGGUGGUCUGAGAAGGUUUUCUGUUUUUUCAGUAUGUUAUUGAUCAUCAUUACGCACUUUAUAUGAUUUCCACUGCUCCUUCUAUGGUACAAAGAACACAGACUUUACAGAUCCUUUAGUUCAGACACUAUGAUCAUCUCUGUUGUUGAUAUUUAACAUUUUAUUGUCUACAAAUCAUGUGCUGAAAUCAAACCUCUCAGUCAUUUAAGUCUAUCUAGAAAUGUUGAAAAAAAAAUGCUUUGUGCAUCCGUGCCUUACUUCUCUGUUAAAAAAAAAAAAAUCUAAAAAGAUCUAGAUCAGUUUUUUGAGGUGUGGUUUUAUAAGAUAUUUGUUAAAAGUCGGUGUAAAAUCCACAAUGGAGAUGGCAGUCAGCUCAGCCUUGAGAAACCAGCCGGGUUGAGCUAACCAGGAUCCUCUGUGAACAAUAUACCUGCUACUGACAAAUACUUCAUACAACCACACCUUCAAAGAGCCAAACUAUGCUUUUAAACCAGGACAGUGUAGUGGCAAAUAAUGUAUAUAAUGAUUCAAUACAUAUCAUGGUACAGGGAUAGGGGUUAUUAUUUAAUACAUCAUCUUACUGUAAGAAGAAGAAAUGAUCUGAUUUUAGGAAAAAUCUCCAGGUAUCGCCAUGUAAAUUAAGUUUUAGUUUACAGUUUAUCAGUCAAAUUUUAAUGCAGGUCCGUGUUUCAAGGUUUUUUUAUUUACAUUAUUCUAAAACUACGCAAACUUGUUGCUAUAUUGAAGACAUUUGGUUUGUACACAGUUUACAAGGCCCUCAUGCUUUUGCAUUAACUUUGAGAUUACAGAUUUUUUUAUGCCAUAUGUCUGCUUUCUUUAUAUCGAGCCAAUCUAAGGUUACAUGGAAAUGUCAUAAAUGUGAACAGACUCAUAAUGAUCAAUGCUAUUGAAUGAAUAAACUAAGAACAGUGUUACACACAGAUUUUGCAUCUCUGAGUCGCAGCAUAUUAGCUCUUGUUUGAGGCGUCUGUGAGUCAUUUUUAUGGGAUUAUGAAACAGAGUGAAAUCAAAACUGAUGCGUCUUAAUGACCUACAAAAGCGAACAACCCUCUCAAAAUAAAGAUGGACUGUUUGCACUUUAUUUUUUAAGGCCUUGAGCAGGGACAGGGAGGGAGUAAGUCGAUCUGACAAUCUACACCCAAGAAAGAGUGAUAUUUUUGUAAAACAAUGACUUCUAUGACUUUCAAUGGCUUCUGCAGAGCUUUGAGAUGCAGAUCCAUCAAAUGUUUUUAAACAACUGUUUCUUACUGUGCAUUUAGUUGGUAUGGAUUAAAUUGUGUUAUUUCAUAUCUAUGCACACUCUCCAUCCCUACAGUCUUCAUAAGACGUCUCAUGGCAUCCUUGAACGCUGUUCUGAUAGUUUAUAUGGAGGUGUUUGCGUCUUCUUGCACAUAUUACCACCCUGACAUGCUGUGCAACAAUCCAAACCUUUAUUUAGGUAGUUCCAAAGUUUGCUCUGAUUUCUCCAUUGAAAGUUAGCCCAUACUACUGAGAUUUACUUGAGUCCAAAUCAAAUCUCACAGAAGAGAUCAUCAUUAUGUAAUCAUUCAACUAUUGCAAAGUUUGAUAUCUUUUUGUACCACUUUUUAACCUGUAAAACUAAAUGCAGUUUUUUUUCAACACUUUAUCUUCUUCACAUAAAGAUUUCAGAUUGACUUUGUUGACCGGUGAGCAUCGAAUCAUGUAUAAGAUCAUCAAUAGAGUGUUUAACGGAGGAGAUGUAAUGAUGCUGAAUUAACAGAUUUCACUGAUGAGACUGGGAGGAUUGUCUUGCAGGAUAUUGCAUAAUAUCAGGAAGCAUGUGAUCGUCUGUUCUUUCCAUUAUCUGACACUUCCCCUCAAAUAAAAUGCUGAGCUUUCUAAAGCCCUGUCUGCAACUCCUGAAAA